GGUGACGUUUAACAGGCUUAGAUACCAAUACCCCAACGUAAGGCUACAUAUAUUCUUUGAUAUAGCCAGCGAAGCAAUCCGAACCACUCCAUUUUGUUCGGUAUACCUUAAUUUUUAAUUUAUUUUUUUUAAGCCGCCACGAAGAUUAUUUAUUGACGAGACGAUGAUAUCUACUGGCUUUUCAUGGGGUGACAAACCUACAGAAAGGUCUAUGCCACCUCGCCCAACCCCCACUAUGCAUAACAACAACAACAACCCAAGAAAGAGACGACAACAUGAAGAAGAAUCUAACCGAGUUCAUAAACCUACUACACGAAAGUCAUUUCCAAUUGUUCAAACAAAGAUGAAUAAUAUUAAUCAUAAGAGAUUGAAAACUCCUAAAAUUUUAGGUCAACAAUUACCAUUGAAUCGAGUUAUUGAAGUUUUAGAUAAACCUGCAUUACAAGAAUUAUUACAAAAUCUUAUAAAGCUUCACCCUGAAGUAUCUGAAACUGUGACGAAAUUAGCUCCCAAAGCCACCCUUGUAGAUUCAUUAAACCUCAUUAAAUCAAAAUACGAUUGCAUUUUCAACCACUUACCAUACAAAUGUGACGUUGAAUCAGAUUAUUCUUACUUGAGAAUUAAGCCAUAUCUCAAUGAGUUUUUCCAUUGUUUAAGUGAUUUUAUAUUGAAUAAUUUACCACCAAUUGAAUCAAAUUCAUCAAACUCUUUGAAAUUUUUGGAUAAUAUUACAAAUUUGAUUCAUAACUUACCAAAUUUUGUUAAUAAUGAAUUUCAAUAUACUAAAAUGAUGGCAUAUGAUCAAGUGGUUAAUUGUUGGCUAAUUAUAUUGAGUAGAUAUAAUUUCGAAGAUUCCGAAAGUUCAGAAACUAAUUUGAUUUCGAUUAUUAAUGACUUGGAUUUAAAGAAUAAACUUGACCAACAUAAUUUACUCUCACAAGAUAAAUUUAAAUCAGUGAUUAGCUUUAUUGAUCUGGAAAUUGAAAAUUAUGAAAAAGUGAAUCAUCAAUUGAGCGGGAACUCUAUCAAUGAUUUAAUAACGGUGGACUAUUCUAAUUAUUCCAUAACUGCUAGAACCUCUCAUUAGGUAUUGCAUG